GCCAGUCGAGCUGGUGGAAGCCGUCGCUCCUCGGAUUGUUCCGCUUGGUCUCACUUUAAGUUUUGUGGCUUCCCAGAGGAAUAAAACAUAAAAUAAAAUAAAUCAAAGCAGGAGGACGAAAGCACUGAAGAGGUGAAGAACUUUAAACAGAGUGUGUUUGUCGGCUUGUCACUGUGGUACAAACAUGACUGAGGUGGCGCAGGUGGCAGCCGUAGAGGCCCACGACGUGGAAGAUAAAGAAAGCGAUGUGACAGCCAAUGACGUCGAGGGUAGAGGUGAGAAGGCAUCCACAGAAGAUAAGAAGCCUCGUCGCAGGAAUGAAACAGCGAGUAAUGAGACUGACAAGACACACGUGAACGGUUUGGAGCACAAAGAAAAGAAAGGGCAAAAUGAGAGCUCGGGAGAUGUUAAUGGUGUUUCACAGAAGGAGGAGGAUGAGGAAGAGCCACAACCUGAAACAAAUGAAGACCAGAACAUUUCUGAUGUGGCAUUCAAAAAAGAGAAACUCCUCAGGUCCAGAAAGCCGGUGGCAAGAAGCUACGUGCCAAAGCUCAACAAAGACAAGGAGAACGUGACGAGCAAAUUUGAGGCCAUGCAGAAGACCAGGGAGGAGCGCAGCCGACAGAGGAACAGGGAGGAGCAGCAGAAGAGGAAGGAGCAAUACGUCAAGGAGAGAGAGUGGCAUCGCAGGAAGCAGCAGAUAAAAGAACUGCUUGCUUCCAGUGAUGAGGAAGAGGAGGUGAAGCCAGCGAAGGUGGAAAAAUCUUACGUCCCCAAAAUCAAAGGUAGUGUGAAGGGGAAGUUUGCAGAAAUGGAAAAACAAAGACAAGAGGAGGAGAGGAAGAGGAUGGAGGAAGAGAGGAAGAAGAGGGAGGCCCAGGAUAAGCUGGAGAAAGCCAAAAUCCAGAAAGAACUGGCUCAAAAAGCUGCUGAGGAAGGAGAUGACACAAUCCUGGUACGUGUGGUCCCGGCGAAGCCGUCACGACCUCCCGGCAAAAUCAAAGUGAAUUUUGAAGACAUGGAGAAGAAUCGAGAGGAGGAGCUAAAAAGGAAGGCAGAAGAGGAGAAAAAAAGACGCUACGAUGAAAACAAGCGCUCCUUCCGGGAAGUGAAGAGACGCUCAGUUAAUCAACAGGAUGAAGAGGAGAAACCUUCCGAUAAGGUUCAAGUGACUCCUGGAAAGCUGAAACUGACAUUUGAGGAGCUGGAGAAAGAAAGGCAGGAGCAGAGGAGGAAGCAAGCUGAGGAGGAAGCCAAACGCCGCCUGCUAGAGGAGAAGAAAGCUUUUGAGGAGGCCAGGCUGGGAAUGGAAGAAGACGAGGAAAGCACUCAGCCCGGACAGGAAGACAAGGAGGAGUUUCGUCCAGGAAAACUGAGACUGAGCUUUGAAGAGCUGGAGAGACAAAGGGUAGAGGAAGAGCGCAAGAAAGCAGAGGAAGAGGCCAAGAGACGGAUGGAGGAGGAGAGAAGAGCUUUUGCUGAAGCCAGGAAAAGCAUGCUUGUAGAUGAGGAUGACGAGGUGCUGAUGGCCUUGCUGAACCUGGAGGGCAGUGAGCCUGGGAAGAUAUGUGUCAGCUUUGAGGAGCUGGAACGCCAGAGGAGAGAGGAAGAGCAGAAAAGGGCAGAGGAGGAGGCUAAGAGGAGACUGGAGGAGGAAAAGAGGCUGUUUGCUGAGGCCCGCAAGAGCAUGAGCCCUGGUCUGGAUCAGGAAAAGUCUGCAUUUGGAGAUGAAACAGUGCUAGAUGAGGACGAAGGGAUGGUAAAGAGUGAGUCUCAGGAAGCCCUGUACCCCAGGAAACUGGAGAUCAACUUUGAAGAGCUGCUGAAAGAGAAGGAGGAAGCUGAGAGGAGACGCAAGGCAGAGGAGCGCAAAAAGAAAAUGGAGCAAGAGAAGCAGGAAUUCGAACAACUCAGACAAGAAAUGGGCGAGGAAGAAAUAAAUGAAAGCUCGGAUGUUGUAAGCAAAGAGUAUGAAGAGCUCACUAAGCUCAAGAGAACCGGCUCCAUUCAGGCCAAAAGCCUCAAGUCCAAGUUUGAGAAGAUCAAGCAGCUGACUGAGGAGGAGAUUCAGAAGAAGAUCGAGAUGGAGAGAGCCAAGAGGAAGGCCAUCGAUGAUGAAAUUAAGGAGAGAGAAGCUGAGCGGUUCCAGGAGGAUGAGGAUCGGGAAACGACUCCAGCGAGGGCCGAGGAUUCACCGUUCAAACAGAAAGUGGACAUGCGAGCCCGCUUUGAGCAGAUGGCCAAAGCCAGAGAGGAGGAGGAACGGAGGAGGAUAGAGGAGCAGAAACUGCAGAGGAUGCAGUUUGAGCAGCAGGAGAUUGAUGCCGCCCUCCAAAAAAAGGAUGAUGAUGUGGAGGACGAGGGUAGCAUCAUUAAUGGCUCUGCGGCUUACGAAGAUGAGGAAGAUCACGCCAGGUCAGGGGCCCCGUGGUUUAAAAAGCCCCUCAAAAACCAGUCGGUGGUAGAUUCUGAGCCAGUUCGGUUCACCGUAAAGAUCACCGGGGAACCAAAGCCAGAGGUGACCUGGUGGUUUGAGGGAGAGAUGCUUCAAGAUUGCGAGGACUAUCAGUACAUAGAGAGAGGAGAGACAUACUGCCUCUACCUGCCGGAGACCUUCCCCGAGGACGAGGGAGAGUACAUGUGCAAGGCUGUGAACAGCAGAGGCACGGCAGCAAGUACCUGCAUCCUCACAAUAGAAACUUACGACUACUGAUGCCGCCUCGUGUUCUGGAGAGUUUCCCUCUGUCUCUCACUCCUUUUGUAAAACGUCGUCCCUCCUGGCAUUGUCAAACAGAGGGAAGGAAAUAGCAGUAUGCUUGGCAUUCCUAAGGGAGGGACACAUAACACGCGUAUGCAAAAAACAAAGACAAGAUGUUGUUUGCGUAUUGCUCAAAUGUAAAGCUGCACUCCCCUCUAGGAUGGAAGAUGAUACCUGUGCCAAAAACAGACGUGAUUCUUGUUCCCACGACAAGGGCUGCACCAAAACUUCAAAACGAUCUCUCCUGCACGGCCCUGACAAUAUUCCUGCACAUUUCCUGCACUGUUCUGGUACUGUUCUGUAAAUAUCACACGUUUUGGUCCAUAAAUGGCAAAUGUUGAGCUUGAGGUAUUGAAAUGUAAAAUGUAACAUGUCCCUGUGCAUUCACUUAAAGAACAGCAGUUAUAUCGACGAUUUAAAGGCAGCCACAUGUUGCAGGAAAAAAAACCGCUGCAUCCCUGAUUUUUACCUGCAGCCUCUACAGAUUAAUUUUUCAUGCACCAACCAUUUUUUGUGUUAAAUGUACUACACUUAAAGUUGUCGAGGACAACCGUUUUAAGGUUUGAUAAUAAAUAUAAAAGUAGACUUGUCCGAUUAUUUGUCGUAUAUUAUAAAUAGAAAAAAAAAACUUUUAAUAAAAUGAAC